UCCCGGAUGUGGGUGCGUCGGUCAGCUAUUUAAUACACAAAUUGUCACUACUUGCUGAGAAUACUGGAUAGAGUGCCGGUGUUAUAUUAUAAAGGUUUUUUUCUGAUAUUUGUGAAGUCAUUUAAGCAGCUUUGACUGUUUAGAUGGAUAAACGCUUGGAUAUUGAUCGAGCUAUUCGCGGUUACUGUAAGAUGUGGUUUGUUUGCAGAAUGAUUAGUUAACGGUAUAGUCAGUCGUGCUUUCCGCACACAACAAGCGCUUCACAUUCGGUCAGUUUCACGUCUCUAAUUUGUUUGGUGCUCUACGGCAAGUUAAUUACUACUUCUAGAAGAUAUUGGUUUACCCACGGGAUGAGAGCUUGAUGAGAGAUUUAGGUUACUAAGACGCCUUCUCCGCUGUCAGGCUGCAGAUACAGUAAAUGAGUAAAGAUAGUGCUAGCCGUCAUUCAGAGCUGUUGUGUUGGUGCUGUGGAUGAGGCGCAAAGAUGUGUCAGGUUAGUGGUAGUUUUCGUGUAAAGAAAAAGCAGUGCAGGUAAUGUUGGCUGAUUCAGAUGUGGCGGAGCAGCCCAGAGUUCUGACAUCAGUUACCGUGCAGGAGUGACAGAAGGAGGUUUCCACUCUCAUGGAUGUCUGCAGUAAGAACUCCAACCGCACAGCCCCAGUGAGUGAGGGCGUACCCCGGAGAGCUGAUGUGCCCCUAUGCUCUCGGACCAAUGGUUGGAGUUGGCCCCCUCACCCUUUCCAGCUCCUGGCCUGGCUGCUUUAUCUCUACUUUGCUGUCACUGGCUUUGGUGUAUUUGUGCCUCUGCUCCCCACAUACUGGAUCCCAGCUGGAUAUAUUUGUACAGGCAUUACAUUUGUCUGUCACCUUUUCAUGCACCUGAUGGCCGUCUCCAUCGACCCUGCAGAUUACAAUGUCAGAGCUAAGAGUUAUAAGGGACCCAUGCCAGUGUUUGACCGCACCAAGCAUGCACACGUCAUUGAGAACUGUCACUGCUACCUCUGUGAAGUCGAUGUGGGGCCUAAAUCAAAACACUGUAGUGCGUGUAAUAAGUGUGUGGCCAGCUUUGACCAUCAUUGUCGAUGGUUGAACAAUUGUGUGGGCAGCAGAAACUACUGGCUGUUUCUCAACAGUGUGAUUUCUGCUCUCUUGGGGAUUGUUUUGGUUGUAGUUAUUGCUAGUUAUGUUUUUAUAGAGUUUUUUUUGGACCCAUCAAAACUUCGAUCUGACAAGCACUUUCAACAGGUAAGGAAUGAAUCAGUGGUGUGGUUUGUGUUUCUGCCGGUGGCUCCAGUCACCACAGCUGGUCCAGCCAUUCCUGCUCUAGCAGGAGUCACCAUUACUCUGGGCCUACUGUCGGCACUUCUGCUGGGACACUUACUCUGCUUCCACAUAUACCUCAUGUGGAACAGACUCAGCACGUAUGAGUAUAUUGUGCGACAGCGGCAUCGGCAGGAGGCCAAAGAUUCCAGAAAGCCCCCAUUGGAGAACGAAUCUAGGGUUCCCAAGAUGAAUCUAAUCAAGCAGCAGGUCAGUUAUAGCGGGACACUUGGCUACACAAACCCUGAGAUGGAGGUAGAAGAUCCAACCGCCAUGAGCUCCCAAGAAGGAUCAGCGCGUUACGGCAACGGCCGGGUCAGAGGCUCGUCUGAGCACAUGGGUGAAGAAGAGCUCCUCCCUGCUGUCCUAACAGAGAACAAAGCUGCUUCUCCUCACCCUCACAAACACACACAGAAAAAAAAGAGGAAAGUGCACAAACUUGCAGCUGAGGUAAACAGUGACAGGUCUAUUGACACCAGCACCGUCAAAGGCAUGCCAAAGACUUCUGCUGAGCAGGAGUCCUCUGUAGCUGCCGCCACUGUGUCCUCAUCUCUUGGCCAGCGCUUACCCUUCCCAGCUUUCCCCCUGCGGGCCUCCCUCCCCCCUCUUGCACCCGUACAGGCCGCGGGUCCCCCUGCUGAGUAUCAUUCUGACUCCGCAGAAUCUCUGGAGGAGAUCCCUGUAGCAAUGGCACGGCUUGGCAGCGCAGCCCUGGCUGGCACUGCUGCUGCUGUGUCUGCCACCAGCUAUUCCUCUUCUCUCCAGUGUGCUUUGCCUUCCUCAGCAGCCGGACAUGCUUUACCCUCCCCUCAGCCCAGGACCAAGAGGAAAGCAGCCGUUCGUAAAGCUGCAGAGCAGAGGUUUGAAAUGGUAUCGCAUAAUCCAUCAAUGUUCGUGAGUCGAGAAAGCGGAGAGCUUGCCAUGACCCAAGAGGGCAUUGUCACCGAGGAAAAUCCCCAUGUGGUGAAACGCAAACAGACUGGUAAAAAGAAAAAUAUGGAGGACACUAAACCCAGUGUACUGGCAUAGUGACUACUGCAGAGACCCAUCACUAAAAGUCAGGACCCUUUGGGCACUUGGACGGCCUUGUUUUUCCAUUUAAAAAAAACUUGAGCUGCUUUAUUACGGUCAUAUAAACUGAUGUAGCACUCAGAACCUAAUGCAACCUAUGCAAACACCACUGAAUGUCAGCAGUAAGAAUUUGUCGUCUGACCUUUUGCUGGACAAAACAUCUAAUGCUGGUUGUCACUGGUCAAUGUCAUUUGGUCUGAACUCCUCAUGUUGCAUAAAGUUGCAUAUGUUUCACAGUGGGUCAUGAGGUCCGACCUCAGAUCAGAUUCACUUGUAUAUUUAUUGUUGUUUGUGGAUUGAAGCCUUGGACUUGAGCUCUCAACUCAUUAUGAAUCUUUUGAGGAAUCCAAGACACUAUACAUUAUGAACUAACUUAUUUAGCCUUUCAUCAAUUCCAGUACAUUUCACUACAACUUUGCUGUAGCAUUGCACAGAUAUGUUUUUUAAAUACUUAAUACAGUGCUGCACUUCUUAACUAUUUAUUUAUACAUAUUAAAUGCCAAAGUUUGUUUAGUUUUCUAUGAUGAUCCACGCAUGACCACCGAUUUUCAUUUUCAGGGUUUUUAGUCUGUUAUUGUACAUUAAGUUACCUUAAUUUUAAAUUGUUGUUAUUGUUGCAUUUUCUUUCUUGUUGUUUUUAUAAGCUUUUAUAUGUCUGGUUGUUUGAAUCGGGUCCAGCUUGGGUGAACUUGAGUUACAGUAUGUACUGAAGAGUGUACUAAUAGUGGUAUUCGACUCAAGUGCUUUAGUCACUUUCUAAAUAAACAUCUUCUAUUAAGCAGUGCCACAUGAUGUUGGCCCUUAUGAAUGAAGUCCACCCCCUCCUUCUCAAAUGCUGCUCAGACAACCCAGUUACACAGUUGUUUAUCUGUCAACCAAAACAUUAUUGGUACAUGAUGUUUUGGAUGGAGGGAGUGGCUGAAUAAUGGCCUGAUGGGAAAGCAAUAUAAAAAUGUGAUUGUUUCUUUUUUCUUUAAAAGAAUAAAUAAAUAAAAUACAUUUCACUUUCACUAUAUUCCUUCACACUUUUUAGCAUUGUCAAUGUUUAAUAUCAUCUGUUGUUUAAUGAGUAAUAUAUAUUUUUUUGUAAAUUUCUCUUAAAAACAUUCUUUAAUAAAUAUUUCACUGCAGAAAAUAUUACGAUUAUUAAUGGGAUGGGCAAAAGUCACUCAUUCUUUAAUGAAGACAAUAAACAGGAAAUGUCUCUGACUCAGGCCAUGCUUGUUUGGAAAGGAAAAUUAGUUUACUGCUUAUAAAUGUGGAAUUUCAUUCAUUUCAGUACUGUGUAAAAAUAUACUUCAAUUAUAAGUAUGAUCAUGAUAUGUUAUAAAUAACAAUUGAUACUAUUUUCUGAUUCAUUAGUCAACCGUAAUGGAACAAAAUCAAGUGUAUAUCCCACAAUGCAUUCCACACAGUGUGCAAAAAUUUGCACAUUUGUGACCAUGGACCACAAAACUAAUUUUUUAAAUAUUAAGAUUUGUACAUUAUCUGAAAGCUGAAUAGAUAAGCUUUCCAUUGAUGUAUGGUUUGCUAGGAUAGGACAAUAUUUGGAAUCUGAGGGUACAAAAAAUCAAAAUAUUGAGAAAAUUGCCUUUAAAGUUGUCCAAAUGAAGUUCUUAGCAACGCAUAUUAAUCUAAAAUUAAGUUUUGAUAUAUCUGCUGUAUGGACUGAAUUGAGGUAAACCUGUGUAGAGUAAAGGUAUACGGCAGCCAUGCUGUUCUGCUACAAAUAUACUUGUGCUACCACUGGUUUUGUGGUCCAGGGUCACAUUUAGAAAAUCAUCUGGAAUUUCCAUGCACGUGGAAAAUGUGCAAAUGAUGUGCAGUGUACUGCAGAAGCUGUAUGAAUAGUACAAUAGUAUGCCACUCUGAACACAGCCAGAGUUAUCAUUGUCAUUCCUGUAUUUUUUUAUCUUUUUAACCUCGAUUUCUAUUCCUCAAUAAAAC